GUUUCCGGCUCUUCUCACUUGUAGACGCUCGUAAGUGUUCGGCAGGUUCCGGCGAGACUCGGCAACUCCGCGUCUCGCUCCGCUCUGCUCCGAUCGUCCGGUGCGGUGGUGCAGGGUCCCGGGCAAGUCAUGGCGUCCCCGUCUCGGAGGCUGCAGACUAAACCCGUCAUUACUUGUUUCAAGAGCGUCCUUCUGAUCUACACGUUCAUCUUCUGGAUCACUGGUGUUAUCCUUCUUGCUGUUGGCAUUUGGGGCAAGGUGAGCCUGGAGAAUUAUUUUUCACUUUUAAAUGAGAAGGCCACCAAUGUCCCCUUUGUGCUCAUUGGCACGGGCACUGUCAUUAUUCUUUUGGGCACCUUCGGUUGUUUUGCUACCUGCCGAGCUUCUGCAUGGAUGCUGAAACUGUAUGCAAUGUUUCUGACUCUCAUUUUUUUGGUCGAAUUGGUCGCUGCCAUCGUAGGAUUUGUUUUCAGACAUGAGAUUAAGAACAGCUUUAAGAACAAUUAUGAGAAAGCAUUGAAGCAGUACAACUCUACAGGAGAUUAUAGAAGUGAGGCAGUAGAUAGGAUCCAAAAUACGUUGCAUUGUUGUGGUGUCACCAACUAUAGGGAUUGGGAAGAUACGAAUUACUACUCAGAUAAAGGAUUUCCAAAGAGUUGCUGUAAAACUGAAGACUGUUCUCCACAGAGAGAUGCAAAUAAAGUAAACAAUGAAGGUUGUUUCAUAAAGGUAAUGACCAUUAUUGAGUCAGAAAUGGGAGUCGUCGCAGGAAUUUCAUUUGGAGUUGCUUGCUUCCAGCUGGUAGGAAUCUUCCUAGCCUACUGCCUCUCUCGUGCCAUCACGAAUAACCAGUAUGAGAUAGUGUAACCAGCCUAUCUGCGAGGCUUACUCCUCUCCAACUUCAAGGACACUUAGGUUCCCCCCUGUGAAAUAUAAGAAUGCCUGGAUGGAACGCUGAAGACACUACUUACCAGUAGAUUGAAAGGCUACAUCAAUUGACCGAGUCAAUCAAGAUAGUUGCUCAAUAUGUUCUAAGUCCACCUUACAGUCCCAUUCUUAUUAGAUCAUUGAAACCCUCUAUCCCUCCGAAACACUGGAAGAGCUAGUAAAAUGUAAAUGAAAUAUUGUGUUCCUCGUAUUUUUCUCAGUGUGGGGCCUUUGAAAGGCACUGUGAGUUUGCUGUUUUGAUGUAGAUGGAACUUGACCCCUCUGAAUUUGCUAUUGAUAUAAUGUGAUAGACAGUUGACCUCUCUGAACUAUGACCCCUUCCCAGCCAAGGUUAUCUGAUUUGAUUGUGUCAUUUGCACCAAGAAGUUAACGUGCUUUACUAGCCUCUGUUCUCCAGAUGGGCAGAGAAUCACAUGGCACCCAUUGUCAGAGUUGCCAGGUGGUGGUACUGGUCUAAAGACCCAAGACUACAAGGCACCACCAGUGUUCGGUGAUGCAUCAGGUUUCAGCACACAAUUUAACAUUUCUUUGCCUCUGAAUUAAGGCAUUUAUACAGUUUAUAUUUUCCUUAUUGUUGAAAGGUUCUAAUUAUUACUUCAACUGUGUCGGAAUUAUUGUACUUUCCUUAGGAAUUUAAUGGAACUUAUCUUCAUUAGCUUUCACUGGUAUUUCCUUAUAUUAAUAGUCUUAGUUUCGGUUUGUGUCUUUGGUGAAUAAAUAUAUGUCUUUCACA